UCAACCUUACUUUAUUAAACCUAUUGAAUAUUCGUAUUUGUUAUAAAUACAAUUAAUUGGACAUUAGUGAUGUACCGCGUCCUAUAUGGGCGCUUGCUGGCAGUGCCAGUUACAGCGGACGUGCGCGCUAUGCACAGCGCAACACCAUUGUUUGCCGCUGCCAAGAAAACAACAUCCGCCGCUGGAGGAGUAAUGGGGUUAGGCAAAGGCAAGAAGAAGCUAGGCAAGCUAGGUACCAUGGAGAAGCGUGAACUGCCAGUGGAGACGGACCCACAGAAGCUUGUCACUCAAGUGUGUGGUGCCAAUAUUUAUACCACAGGAGAAGACCCUAAGCUGGGCCCAGAUAGCGAGUACCCCGACUGGCUCUGGGAGCUGCACACGGGCCCCGCGCCGCCGCUGGAGUCGCUGGAUCCCGACACGAAGGCCUACUGGCUCCGCGUGCGCGCCGCAGGCAUGCGCCGCAAUAACAAGCUACGAUCACUGCGCAAGUUUUAGAUUUUAUAAUUGACUUUGUCUCUGAAAUG